GCCUCAGCUUGUCCCCGUUGCCAGGCGCAGCUGCUGGACACAAAUAUUGUUAGGUGAAACUACUGCGUCGAGAACUUUCGAUUUUUUUUGUAGCUUUUUGGUAAUACAAUUUAAUGAAAAGGGAAUACAUUUGUCUGCUUUAAUAAACUGUGGAAGGAAACUGAUCAUCUGGAAGAGGACAAUUUUCAGGUCAGAGCUUGGGAUGAAUAACCCCAAAGUGACAGAAAUGAUUCCUUUUCUUGUCUGAGUGAAGCCUCAUCAAGAGAACAUUGUUUUGUCAUCCUAUAAAAUGAUGCCAAAGCAGCUGUCCCGCACCUCACCUGGGAGUGUGUGUUCCCUCCGUGGUAUCAGCAUCCCAGGAUCCCUAGCCGUGGCCAUCACAGCCAAAAUGGACAAUCAGGUCAUUGGCUAUAAGGACUUGGCAGCCAUCCCCAAAGACAAGGCGAUACUGGACAUCGAGAGGCCGGACUUAAUGAUCUACGAACCCCAUUUCAAUUACACGCCUCUGGAACUAUCGGAGAGGUCCAUGUCUCCGUGUUCAUUCUCCCACCCGGCUUCUCCUGAGACCAUUCUUUUCAAGGAUCCCAAGGAGUGGCUGGAGAGCAGGGAGUCACCUGGAGGGUCAUCAGCAGGUUCAAACCUCAAAGAUCCCAAGGAGUGGCUGGAGAGCAGGGAGUCACCUGGAGGGUCAUCAGCAGGUUCAAAGCUCAAAACCAGCUCUGCAUUAGACACCGCCACCAAGCUCCCCACACAGCACUUUCACAGGCCAGAUAAUGGAAUGAAUAUAUACAAGAAGCCACCAAUUUACAAACAAGAUGUAUUAGCAUCCAUCCCCCAGGGGAAACACAUAGAGGAUCUCAUCAUUGAGUCAUCUAAAUUCCCCGCCGCCCAGCCACCUGAUCCCAACAAACCCUCCAAGAUUGAGACAGAUUACUGGCCCUGCCCCCCCUCCCUGGCUGCAGUUGAGACAGAGUGGAGGAAGAAGGCUGAGUCCCGGAGGAGGGAGGAGGGAGAGAGGGAUGAGGAGGACGAUGAAUAUGACAAUGGAGACCUGUCCGAUGAUAUGUGGGGACUACGGCAACUGCAGAAGCAGGAGCUCAACAAAAUUCAGUCGAACUUGGGAAAGAUAAUCUUGAAAGAGGAGCUGGAUAAAGCUGUGCCCAUCCGCAGGAAAACUCGCUCACUGCCUGACCGGACAGCAAUGCACAUGGGGUCAUCCUCCAAUGCCUCCAAAAACAUACAUUUCCGAGCAACCAGUAGGAGUGGUCAGACCAGGCUCCAGUCUGCCGACUUCACCCAAUCUGACAGUGACAAAGGAGGACCAGGCCUCCAGAAUGGAGAUUCUCAGAGAGGAAGAAUGGACAGGGGAAACUCACUGCCAAGUGUGCUGGCUGAGAAGAUAUAUCCAUAUGAAAUGCUCCUAGUGACCCACAGGAGAAGGAAUAAACUCCCACCAGGAGUAGACAGGAUGAGACUGGAGAGGCAUCUGUCCAUGGAAGAAUUCCAGAAUCUAUUUGGGAUGCCCAUUGAGGAAUUUGAUCGCCUCUCCCUCUGGAAGCGGAAUGACUUGAAGAAGAGGGUUUCCCUUUUUUAGUGAGGAGACCUACCUACACAUCAAAAGCCACCACACUUCCUUGGGGAAUUAGAUAAACAUAAACUGUCCAAUGCAACAACCCAGGAAGGGAGAUUAAAUUAAUGUCUGUCAUAUCUUUGCCAAAUCGGAUGCUUUGAAUCCCCAUUCCUUAUAUCAACUCUAUAACAACUCUAUAAAGGGUCAGAGCCUUCAUAUACUCUUGAAUUGUAGUUGCAGCAGCAGAGAAGAAACCUAAUAAGAGGACAGAGGCUUGGGCCAAGUAGAGAUUUCAUGAAGUCUUUGUAUUUGGUCCGUACUGACAGGCCCACCAAUAGAGUUAGAUUGGACUGCCCACAUAUAUACUUACAGUAAGCUGUUUUACUGCUAAUCAAAGUUAUGGAUGGCUAAUUCUCAGUUACUAGAGCACUGCCACAUGUGAAGCCAUAUCGAUUUAUUAAUUAAACCACAAAUACCAAUAAAAUAUUUUCGUUUAUAGAAUUGGAGCACUAGAUGGAUGCCUCAAUUUCAAUACACCUUGAAAAAUUCCCUAUUUCAAAAUACAAACAUUGCACUAAGCUGAAUAGUCCACUUAUUUUUUUAAAUAAAUAACCAUUUGAAGUGUAAAUCAAUAAUUUGUAAAUCAAUAGUUAAAGUUUUUUAAGGUGUGCUGGUUUAGAGACUAUUGUGUCCCAAAUGGUACUUUAUUCUCAUGUAGUACAAACCUUUUGACCAGUGCCCAAGGGGCUCCCAUAAGGCUCUGGUCAAAAGUAGUGAACUACAUAGUGAAUAGGGUGCCAUUUGUGAUGCACACUCUGGUCAAAAGUAGUGAACUACAUAGUGAAUAGGGUGCCAUUUGUGAUGCACAAUACAAUCUGUCAGACUCAGUCACUCUACACAUCAGGUGUAGAUUUAUAGAACAUAAAACCUUACCUCCAAGAUGUCUGCAUCUUAACCCUAUCCAGACAUACAAACAUACAAAUUAUCAAAAUCAUCCACGACUUAUAGCCAAUAUAGGUUUCUUACUGAAUGAUUGUCUAAAUAGUACAUAUUGCCCACUUGAAAAAAAGUGUGCUCUUAUUAUUUUACUACUGGUAUGUUGGAUGAAGUGCAGUUUUCCUGUUUUAAAAGGUGAGAACAUUAAGGAGUAUUCAUAGGCUAAGUUAGCUUCAAAAUCUUGUUGGACACUUACCUUUACAACACUGGCCACUGAUCUGUUUAUAUAUAUCAAGUUUGUACACCACUCCAGAAGGGUUUUAGACAUGUUGCUUUUGUGACCAAAUAAUGUACAGCAAUUUUUUAUUAGAAAAAAAAAUCCUUUCAUGUAUCGAUACAAGAAUGUAGGGUAAAUAAACACAUUCAUCAUUAAAAAGAAGGAAGAUAACCACCUCCCUUACAAAUGCACUACAUUGGAAUGAGGACAGGAGGACAAUGGACUAGAAGGGUCACCACUGGGGGAACAGAAGGAGUUGAGAGCAAGAGACACAAGGGGCUGCUUCCUGUGUUCCGCUAUGACCACAUCAACCUCCAUAUUGGACUGAAGCAGUGGCCGGGUGGAGGUGUGGCCUCUUAUACCCCCUAACUGACAAUGUCAUGGCACAAAAAAACAAAUCUUUGAGUCCUUUAGCCUACAUCCAUCCGAGGCCAGCCUUUCUGUCCACUUUCCCUGUGCCUUGAAUGCUACAGUCGAGUUCUUCCCAAAUGGCACCCUAUUUGGUAUAUAGUGCACUACUUUUGACCAGGGCCAAUAGGACUCUGGUCAAAAGUAGUGCACUAUUUAGGUGCACUAUAAGUAGUGCACUAUAUAUUGUGCCAUUUGGUACAUAGUUACAGUGUGGAGCCUGUUAAGGUCCUGGUCAGGCCUCACUCCAGUCAUUUUUCUUAUCAUCAGGUGAGGUGGUAGCAAAGACACUGUCACAAAAUGUUUUGAGUUGGCACACAUCUGAUGUGCCUCUAGAGCCCCAACUAGGGAUGUAUGAAAGUCAACCAUGGAGCAUCAGUGUAUUCUAUCUAAGAACAUUUUUGAGUGGUCAUUGCACAUAUCCACUUUGUGACUGCUUUGCUUUUGGUUUUAGUUCUGCCUGUGUUUUUUGAAAGACAAGGGGCCCGGAAGGAUUGCAUUAUGAACAAGCCCUUGAGCUGGAAACUGUUCACUCGAUGGUGAGGGUAAUAGACAAUCUUCUAGAUUCCAUGCUCCAGUAUAUAAUAUUGAUGACAUUAUCUUUACCAGUGUGAUACUGAGGAUACACCCUAUUCAUAAUGCUUUCAAAUGCUCUCACUGUAUCAAGCAUGGUAGUUAAGACAUUGUCACAGUAUCAUCUAAGCUUAUCUUCAUGCUUUGUAUGUGAAAGUGGGCUGGGGAAACAUUUAAGGAAAUAUUGAGUUAGAGUGAUUGGUUUGUACCUCACUUCCUAGGUUUUUUGAAUCUGUAAGUCAUUAAAAUACUGAGUUUUUUUAAUGUAGUUUUAGAUUAACCUGAUUUGAUAACUAAUAUAAUGACAAAAGUGUAUAUGAUUGAUUAGUACCAUUGCAAGAUUGAGCUCAGAUAUUGUACAUUGUUUUGUGUAUUCUGAUGCAACUAGGGUGCAAAACAUACACAGCAAUGAAUGCACACAAGCAUAUUUUCUCAUUUAAACUAAGGUGAAAGAGGACUGAAAUGAUCAAUGGUGAGUGGAAAUAAAAUGCAUUUUUUGGUUUGAGGAAAA